AUGAACGUCUCGGUCCUCGACUGCUUCGCGGAGGUGGAUUUGCUCCCGUCCACGCCGGCGGGCUGGCUGAUGCGCGACCUCCGCUCGCUCCUGGGUGCCGUCGGCGAGUUCCAACGGUCCACGCGGCCCGGCAGUCGUCUUGACUGGGCCAGAAUCGCGACGAUGCUUGCGCCCGACCUAGACAAGACGCCGUACGAGCUUCAGAUCCGCUACAAGUGGAUCGCGGACAAGGUGCGCCGCCGCCGCCAGCGCGAGGUGGCACGCGUCACCGUCGUCAACGCCCGACCGGUCCGGUGCACGACACCCCACAGCGCCGAUAUUGCCGCGACGCGCAGCGGGUCUGUGUACGCGGUGACUCCCGGCCGGCCUCGCACCCGCUCGAUUUCGCGUCCCGGCGGGAUGCUCUCAACGCAACGCACGACCAAGGCUCGCAAGAAACGAAGCCCGAAAACCGCCAAGGUUUCUGGCCAGCCGCGCACCCAGUCGGUCAAGCUCGAGGCGUUCAAGACGAAGCCGGUCAAGACCGAAUCGCUCCAGACAAAGUCGAAGGCGAUCAAGGCGGAGACGGUCAACGUCGUCCGCGGCGUCAGCAUGAAGCCAAAGGCCCCCCGAUAG